UUGGUUCUCUAUCACUAGCGUAUCUAUCAAUUAUUCGAGAUUUCGCAGAAGAUCAUGCAUUUCUAAGUCCUCAAGUCCAACGUGGUGUGGUAUUCUGACGGGUUUGCCAGGUGGUCCCAAAUUAACCUGAGUUUAAGUGACCUUGAGUGGGCCAGUGUAUAUAAGAAUGUUCUUGAAUAUAAGGAACGCAUCUUAAAGCCGUUGGGUCAUGGGCGAUCCAGUCGAUUUUUACCUGAGGGUCGCAACGAUCUGCUCAGGCACUCCUGAGGGGAAAAAAAUAUUGAGGUUCAAGCAACCUCUGCACAACGCUCCUACUUUACCCAGUUUGUCUCGCUUGGCACAGGAACUGUUGAGAAGAUAUACCCCAAUUUCGGUCCUCCAUAGGCUAAUAUCGCAACUUAUUCACUCUCUUGAAGACUCCAGGGAAUGGCCAGGGACCCUGCUGCAUCUGCAAUUAUAUAUAUCAACACUGCUACCGCCGCUGACACUGGAGCAUCCCCCAAUGGGAUGCUCUAUGGUCUUAAGGUCCAUGCAGCCAUGAAUGUUCCCCUGAAAUGGAUGGAUCUUGCUUUGCUAAACAAAUGGAUGCUUUUCUGAUAUUAAA